UGACUCAUCAACUACCUGUUUGUGACUCAUUGACUGCCUGAUUGAAUAACCUUUCUUGUAGUUUACCAAAGGUUACUAGGGCUGGAGUGUACCUGUUGUUACCAAUUUAAUGUGGUGGCUUUCUUUGGAAUUUAUACGUGUAAAUUACCGUUAAACCAUUAAUCCCGGGAUAUGAUAGUAAUAACUCCGAUGAUUGUCUGGGUUUUAGGAGAUAUGCAGUUUCAGAUAUCAUCGCUCUUAAAUCUCAUUGGUGGAAUUAUCAGAUACAUGAGAUUAUUGGUCGGAAUGAGAACUGAGAGCCUCCUUGCUGAGAGCCUAUUUAAUGCACUUGCAGUCGACAAUUAUCAUAUAUGUGGGAGAGCAUUGGUGAUCUUUCUUCAGUUUAUUUCAGCAUUCCAGUAUUACAAUUUCAUAUUAGUUUAUUGCAGCUUCCAAAGACAAUGAUCCCAUUGGUGGUCUUCUUGACGGCUGUCGUCGUAUCAUCUGCACUUCCUGUGACAAAACAAGAAUCGGACGCAGACAGCAGCGAAUACGACGUAAAAAACAUUGCAAAUUUUGACCUGCAUCUUGAGGACGGUGAGAUUGAGAAGAUUACGGAAGACAUUAAUAAAAUGAUAGUUGGUGGACAAGACUUCACGCAGAAGCAAGGACUUGAAACUGUAACUUCAAAACCCAUGGAAGGAUAUUUGUCUGAUAAUGACAACGUACUCCUGGAAAUGCUUGAACAUGAACUAAAACUAAACUCGGACAGCUCCCUCAGGCAGAAAAUUGCUGAGGCCCAGGAGAAGGUUAGGAAAGAACAAUAUGAGUAUUUAAAACAUUUAGAAGAGUCUAUGGAUAGAAUGCAGCUGCAGCGGCAGCAGCAAACCGAAGACAAAAUAACUGGGUUUAUAGGCCUAAAUUACAAUUUGCUUUGUGUUCCAACAGUCCGGCCCGAAUUCGCUAAACAGUGCGAAAUGCUUGCAAAAAUGCUUGUUUGAGCAGUUUUUUAACGUAACAUCUUUAAUAUUGUCCGAUUUUUGUGGCUGUUUUUUUUUUGUAACGUGUUGCUUAUUUAUUCAGCUAUAAUUUCAUGUUAUUGUUAAUUUUGAAGUUUUGAAAAAAUUUGGGAACGGUGAAUGAGACACAGAUUUUUGAAUAUUUAGAAAAUGGGGGAAAGGGGGACGUACCCGCCCUUUUUUACACCUUUUCCUCCCAGUUUUUAUAUAUUUAAAAAUCUGUGUCUCUUUCACCGUUCCCAAGUUUUUCGUCAAACAACUUUUCCUUUCUUAAGAAAGAUCAGUAAUACAACAUAUAGAUUUUUUUC